AUGGAGAUCAACACCACUCCGCCAACCAUCUCGCCAGAAACCCAUCAAAUAACAACCCGCAUCAACGCAGCCUACGACUGGACCGGCCCCAAGGAUUCCUCCAACCCCCGAAACUUCUCCCUCCUCACAAAAACACUCAAUAUAGCUUCCAUCACAUCCCUCGCCUGGGCUUCCUGUUUCGCAGGCGCUAUAUACGCCCCAGCCCAAACCCCCGUUAGCAAAGAAUUCCACCAAGGGCGUUUGGCUGCUGUGCUGCCUUUGAGUCUGUAUAACCUCGGUAUGGCGUGUGGUCCACUCGUUGGAGCACCGCUAUCUGAGACUUAUGGACGGAAGACGGUGUAUGUUGCUACUACGCCUAUCUUCCUCGCGUUUUUGCUAGGGUCUGGUUUUGCGGGGGGUAUUGUGAGUUUAUCGAUUUGUCGGUUCUUUGCGGGCAUGUUCGCAUCGCCGAAUGUGAAUAAUACUUCUGCUACUAUCAUGGAUUAUUGUGCGCCUCGAUAUCGUGGUGCGAGUUUGGGGAUAUAUUACUCUAUACCUUCGCUUGGGGCAGCUGUUGGGCCUCUUGUUGGUGGAUUUGUUGAGCGGUCUCUUGGGUGGCGAUGGACGCAGUGGGUUGCUGUCAUGAUAACAUGCGCUCUUUACAUACCGGUUUUGUUCACGAGGGAGACAUAUAAAAAGGUUGUUUUACGAAGACGGGCUAUUAGAAUGGGUUUGGGUGACACCUCCUCUCAACAAACGACUGUUGCUAGGACAAUUCGACACUUUUUCACGGUUCUCAUCCUUCGACCUCUUCAUAUGCUGUUCACCGAACCAAUCGUCACACUCGUCAGUCUCUACAACGGCUUCAUCUUUGGACUACUGUACACAUUCAUCAUAUCCGUUCCCUGGAUCUUCAGACAUUACUAUAAUUUCAACGCAACCGGCGAGUCCCUCUCAUAUCUGGGUAUAACUCUCGGCACUCUCCUUGCCUGCGUACCCUUCGUCCUAAUCGACUUCUCAUACUAUCAAAAGCGCCUCGUCCACUGGAGUCAGACCCACGAUACAAGCGACCCCUUACCCCCAGAACACCGUCUGAUCUCCUCCAUGAUAGGAAGUUUUCUCCUCCCCGCGAGUCUCCUCAUAGCAGGAUGGACAGCUGAGUUCCGCAUCCACUGGAUUCUCCCUAUCUUUUUCCACGGAAUGACGAUGCUAGCCUGUCUUCUGAUCUACGCUGGUGUAAAUCUCUUUAUGCUUGAUGCUUAUGGUCCUUUGUACGGAGCUUCGGCGUCUGGUGCCAUGAUGUUGAGUAGAUAUUCGUUGAGCUUUGCAUUUCCGAUGUUUGCGUUGCAGAUGUUUGAAAGGCUUGGUGCUGGCUGGGCAACGACUCUUUUGGCUGGUUUUACGUUUUUGAUGGCGCCUAUACCGUGGUGCUUUUUUGUUUAUGGCGAGAGGAUCAGGGCUCGGAGUAGAUAUGAGUCAAGCUUAUAG